CUGCACCGUGCGUCGUCAGCGACGCUGCACCGCGACACCGCUCCACCGACCCGCCGUACGAUCUCUCGCGAGUCGCGAAACACAACCUAUUGUUGUGUCAACCUAACCUAUUACAAUUGUGCAUCGCGCGACACUGCAUAGUGCUGAAUGGACCCAAGACUCGGACAUGAUCUCAGGGUACACUGGCCACUGUCCGGGACUUAAGUUCGAUGUGGGCCACUCGUACGCCUGGCUGGUUCAGCACCGACCACAGGUGAGCCGCACUCAUGUGGGUCACGUGACAGUGACCCCCCGCGGUGCGGACCUCCAGUCGGCGCCUGUCGAUGUCGUCGACCGGGCCCGAGAGGUGACCUCGGUGACCCGAGCACCGCCCAAGCCAAUGUCACCCCGAGGCGGCAUCGCCGGCUACACAGGUUUCGUUCCGGGAAGCCGGUAUGUGGUCGGCACCAACUACCGCAAGGCCUGCGACGACUGCUUCAGCGACAUGGAGCGGCGGACUGCCGAGCGUCGGGAGCGCGAGGAGCACGCGCGCCGCAGCCGCUCGCUCGGCAGGGCCUCGGCCAGUCGGCGGGCGGUCCGCGAGACGGGCGCCGCCGCUCCCGCCGCCCCCGCCCCCGCCCUGAGCAACGGCGCCGUCAGCAGCGCGCUAGACGCCAAGUUCAGCCGCUACUCGGCUCAUAGCAAAGAUGAGGAGCCGCUGCCCAUCCCGGGCUACAGCGGGUUCGUGCCGCGGGCGCGCACCUCACAGAUGGGCGUCGGCAAGCGGUUCUCUCGGUUUGCCGACGAGGGGUUUCACGCGCUGCAUGAACAGGUGGAGCGGUACCGGCAGAGCCACGCCCGUCCCGUCAGCGUGCGCCACCAGCAGCCCAACGGCCCCGUGAAAUCCUGAACACUCCGGCAGUGGUGCAGUCCGCGGUGGUGUGUGAGUGAAGGGGCAGACAUUUUGGCAGUCUGGAACGGCACAGGAGCUUUAUGAUGGUGCAGAAAUGGUUUUGAUUGAAUUAAAGGACACGAUGCGAAACGAGUUUAAGUCUAAGGAAAUCAUUCAAGAAUGUUUGAGAAGGUGACAAAAGGCGUUUUAGAAUCUGACAGCUCUCAGCAUGCGUCGGACAUCUGCCACAAACUGCUGCAGUUUUUUUUAGAGUCGGUUUUAGAGCUGUUCUGGCUGCAAGGAAACUGCCCUUCUGGAACAAAUAAAUGCUAUGUUUGGAGCUAGCUUUGGUGAGUCUAGCUAUGCAUAGUAACCUCAGCUAUAAAUAUUUUUUGGUGGCAAAAAUUGUCACCGAUGCGCGAUAGUGCCGAUUUGUUUGAAGUGUUUUCAGCCAUACAAUAGAAUGCUGAAGUGCAUACUUUCCGCUGGGUAACGUGCAGCACAGAGUAAUUUUGGUUUGAUGCUUUAAUGCAAACUUUUCCGAGAAUGGUGCUAGUGCGAUUGGCAAUACGUCUAGAAUCUUACGCAGUGAUCCUGGUCUUAUGCAGCCAGAGUCGUAUGUUUAGUUAGGCAGCGUUUCUGCUCUGGUGUGUUGGGCUUCACUAUUUAUGUGGCGACUGCUAAAAGUCAGCUUUAUUAUCACCGAAUUUCAGUGCACACUGUUAUGUCGUAUUAUUAUGUAAGUGUUCUCUGCUAAAUGAUUGUCAUUUGAUUGCAAUACCUCUAUGAGUAGGUAGCUCCUUGGGAGGGCAAAUACAUUUUGCACGAAACGGA